CUUCCCGUGGCUGAUUGAGUUGUAUAUAAGACUAACAAUACCCUGGACGGGUAAUUGGCGCUGCCUUCAUCCUUCGUCAUGGCCUCGAAAGUCCAUCUCGUCCGCCACGCGGAAUCUGUCCACAAUAUUUCACAUGACUUCUCGCAAUUUGAUCCAGAGUUGACUCCUCUUGGCCUUCAGCAGGCCACGCGGCUUGGGCAGUCGUUCCCGUACGGGCGCCAGGUGGGUGCGAUUAUCACCUCUCCACUCAAACGAGCCAUCCAAACCACCCUUGCUGCUUUUCGGCAUAUUCUUGAUAAACGUUAUUUCGACCCCGAUUCUGGGUACGGUGUAGAGAGCGGCGCAAUACUUCUCUUGGACCCAGAUUUGCAGGAGAGGAGUGCACUUCCUUGCGAUACCGGAUCUGCAUCUGAAACCCUAGAAGCGGCUUUUCCGCGACUCGGUUUCAAGGAUUUGGCUGAGGGUUGGCAAGUGAAAGAGGGCCUAUAUUCUCCAGCUGACGAAGCUGUAGAGGAGCGGGCUAAGAGGGUGAGAUAUCGUAUUGCAGCGGUAUGCGAAGAUCUGCAACACCAAGGACGUACGGAUAUUGUCGUUGUGACUCAUGGGGUUUUUAUGAGGUUUUUAUUGGGAAACCCAGAUAUUGAUCUCCCGAAAGCGGGCUGGAAGAGCUACACUGUUGGGAGACACAGCUCUGAUAUUGUUCUAUCGCCUCUCAAGUGACAACUUAGUCUUCCCAAUGUGUCAUGUACCGUUGCUUGGCUGGAUGCUGUUUUAGGCUAUCAGAUAUUGAUUGCCAAACAAAGUUGUCUGUAGGCAGGGGCAUUUGGUAAAUGGGAAUGAUCACGCCUUAGUGUACAUUUGGUGGACAUAUGAGUCCUCAUCCGAGGGCAAGACGCGAAGGCCGAAAUCUUACCCACGCAAAAGCAAUAUCACAGUAGGCUGGCUGUCAUAUCUCUUUUGUACUCUGUUGAAGGGAUACAUAUUCAUUUGCUGACAUGCAAGUCAGUGUUGUUUUGUCUUAAAGUUCAACCAUGAGGACACUUAUUGUCACCAUGGAAGGUUAUACAUAUAAAGAAAGCCUCAAGGCAACUCAUCGCCCA